AUCAUCUCAAACAUUAUGGACUAUUUUCUAAUAAGGAAAGGGGCCACUAGAAGUUAAGAUAGCCAAAGUCGAAAAAUAAAUGGCCUUCUUUCCUGAGACACCAGCCAUUUUAAUAGUGCUGAUUUAUUGUGCCAUGUUUUUUGGAGGGCGAUCAUAUGCAUGUGGUCAGUAGUACGCAGUCUGUGACCCAGCCUCCCUCUCACGUUACAGCCUAUUUAUAACGUUCCCUCAGCCAGCUCCUCUCUUACUGCAGUUCCUUGGAACCACCUUUCUCUCCACUCCACAGGUCUCCAGUCUCCUCUCCUGUCAUCUGAGAAUCUCUCCGGCAGCUUAUCUAGGGUUCACUGUUUAUCCUGCGCAGCCUGGCAACUGUCCACAUGCCCAGGAUUAUUACGGGAGCCCCCUUUCAACACACACGCAACUUUUUUUAUCGAACUCUUAUCAAGGAGACAAAUUUGGGGGCUGUGUGUGUGCAUGCGAUGGAUCACACACUCUUUGGCUGCCUCCGCAGCCCCCAUGCCACUGUGCAGGCCCUACACCCUGCCUUCACCCAGUCUCCGCUGACUCUCCACGGACGCACGGACCAUGUCUCCUACCCUGACCUGGCCUCUUCCACCGCCACCUCCUCUCCUUCGGCCUGCAUCAUCUCUGGCUAUCCCGGUGACGAGGGCCUGUUCGGUGGGCAUCACCAUCAUCACCGCGGGCAUCACCCGGCACAGCAACAGCAGCAUCACCCGCCUCAGCACCAGGCCGGCUGGCACAUUCCACAGAUGCCCUCCCCUGGCAGUGCGAACUCCCGCCACAACCUCUGCCACCCCCACCCCCACUCUCACUUGGCCCAGGAUAGUGCCCUUGCACCCCCAGACCUAGGCACCCCUGGCAGGAACAGUCUCUGUACCAGCACCCCCAACCUGGGCAGCAGCACCCCCACGGGGGCCAACUGUGUGCCUGCAGACUUUGGAAGACAGACACUGUCACCUGCUGAGGCAGAGAAGAGAAAUGGCAAGAGGAAAAGUGACAGCUCAGAGUCCCAAGACGGGAAUUACAAGUCAGAUGUGAGCAGCAAACCCAGGAAGGAGCGGACGGCGUUCACCAAGGAGCAGAUCCGUGAGCUGGAGGCCGAGUUCGCCCAUCACAACUAUCUGACGAGACUGAGGCGCUACGAGAUAGCAGUCAACCUCGAUCUCACAGAGAGACAAGUAAAGGUGUGGUUUCAGAACAGGAGGAUGAAGUGGAAACGAGUAAAAGGAGGUCAACAGGGUGCUGUAGCAAGGGAAAAAGAACUGGUGAACGUGAAAAAGGGGACAUUGCUGCCUUCCGAAUUCUCCGGCAUAGCGGCUCUUCAUCACUCCACAGACUCCCUGGCCAAUGAGAACAGUCACGACAGCGACCAGAGUUCCGAGCAUGCUCACUUAUGAUGCACAGCAGCAGGCCACGCCUACUCAAAGUGGGCUCAGCCUAACAUCUCAGGAAUGUCCUUAAAAGGACAUGGUGUCUGGUCAUCGUUAGCAAAGUUCAACGAUGCUAAAUAAAUGUGUACAAAUGUACAAAGAAAUUACGUGUGUUACUUGAUCUAAGAAGAUGCAUGUUAGGACGUUGCUUAUUAAACCAAACUAAGAUCACCAAUACGUUUCAAGAACUGCGAACCCUAACGCAGGAAUAUGAGAUAUUGCAAAAGGUCAAUGCACAUUAAGCAUAUGUUACGAACGUGCCUCCACUCAACGCUCUGCUUUUGGAAGCAGAACAUAUUCGUAGAAUAUUAGGACAGAUUCAGAAUUGGCCGAAUUGUUAUGAACAUUCCAUGUUGUGUGUCUUGCAUUGAAAAAGUGGCAAGUUCAUGCUUUUGAUUUGCACUGUUGAACACUUGCCUCAAUUGGUUUCUACUGUAUGUCAUAGAAAUUGUGAUGUAAUCGAAUUAUUGAUUAAAUCAAUUGUGCAGGAGAAUCAAAUUUCAGCUAAUUUACAAUAUACUCUGAACUUUAUUAUCUGUAUUUUUCUUACCUUCGCUAUAGCAAUCAUUUCUAAUACACACUAUACCACUCACACAGUAAUAAACAUUUCUGAUGUUUCUUAGUGGCCAUUUU